AUGAAACGAGCUCAGCUUGAGAGAGAUCAAGUAUCACAUGUCAUAGCUUCACUCCCUUAUACCAAAGAGUCUCAAACCAUAGGCAGCUCGGUAGAUAGUCAGAAGAAUAGUUUUCACCUUGUAGCUCGACGUCCUACAUUUUCUGAACGCUCCGAUAAUGAACCUCGACAUCCUUUCACUGUAACAGAACGUGAUCCUCCGAGGGCCUUAUUAUUGUCGUCAUCUUCAUCAAACAACAAAACACAUUAUCCUUCAUCGCACUCCCAAUCAAACGACCGUAUCUCCCAGUGUCCAGCACCCAAUUUCGACAAGCGGAAUUAUUCACUCACUCAAUCGGUUUCUUUUCUUCCUCCAGAGGUCUCAUCCUCAUUUCCUGACAUUCUACAACGUACUCAGGCUUGGGCAUCUGCUUCUGCUAAUUCUUCUCACUCUUUGAAAAAUCCUAAGAAAGUCAUCAUCAGUUCGACUUCUGUUAAGGCUGUAGCCUUUGAAUUCGAACGAAACCAUAUCCAGAAAGCUCGAGAUAGUGUAGAACUCAAUCUCAAGCAACACUCCAGGUCAUCAUCUAGGUCAUCAUUCAGUAGAUGGACGGAGGUGCCCCGUAAAUCAAUGACUUUAUCUAAUUCAGACUCUACGACGGACAUUUCCUAUAGUUCCACUUACUAUCCAACCUCGCCUGGUAACAAGUUUUUUGAAUCUUCUUCCGCCAACGCCCCCGAGAAUCCACCAUCAGAAGAGGAGGUGGAAAUCAUCUCUAGCCCUAAUCUUUCACGUGGCUCUCAUAUUGACAUGGACGCACCAUCAUUUCUACAUUUUGACUCGCCUGAAUCAGUUUUUGUGAAUCAAGGCAGUGAAGACUUGAAACUCUCAAUGUCAAUCAAGUACCCUAUUGCCACCACAUCGGACUCUCUAACCACCAGCCCAUUAUUAGCUGCAUCACACGAGAAGCCUAAUGACUGUUCAUCUCAAAGCCUCCUAAUCAACACCUCCAAUAUCUCGCAGAAGUUGACUGAUGACCAUGCCUCUCCAUGCUCUUCCGAAGAUUCUUCUCCGACAUUCCAUAUCCCGGGUCACUUCAGCGCUGAUGCAGUGUCUGUGGUUGAAGAUGAAGUUGAAGACGACUGGGAGGAUGCUGAGGACGACGAUGCUCUGGGGGCCAAUUCCACACCUGUCAACUACAUCAACACCGCCCUACAAACCUAUAAUUUUGCGGCGCCUGCAUCUUCAUCUUACAUGCCAGAUGCUACGAAGCCUAUACAAGAACUGAUUUGUGUUGAAGUCAAAAGGCGGAGUCUCACCAGCACCCAAAACCGGCACUCGCCCCAUAUAGCAUCUACUCAUCGCCCGAAACUACGAAACAGCGUAGUUAGCAUGCUGAGCAUUGCCAGUCGCAGUAGUGCCGUGAGCCUCGGUGCAACUGACGACGGUGGUGAAUUUGAAGACGCGGAUGAUGAAGCUGAAUGGAUGGACAUUGACGGCGGCGGUGCCUACGAAGAUCUAGAUAAGGCCCAGGAAAUCACUCGAGAGGUUAGCCGACAAUUGAUCAUUGAUACAGCGCAGGCUUUACAAAAGGCCACAGAAGCUCGCCACAGGUACUCAGCUCUAACAGAAGCGCAUCACGCCAAUGAUGUAAUCUACACGCCUAUGGCUGGUCCGCUGAGCAAAAGAACAUCAACUCAGGUUCCAAAGGACUUUUUCAGUAGGUAUGAUGGUGUACCCCGGUCAAAUAGCAUCACUUCCUCUUCCGCGGUAUCCAGUAGGGGAUCGCGUCUCAGUGAUCGAUGUGAUUGUGAAGUACAUGAUCGGUGCGGGUGUAGCAGUCCAUCUUCUCAACCAAGAGACUCUGUGAGCAGUCGAGGAAGUCGAAGCAGUAGAGUGAUGCUCUUUACUAGAAACUCGAAACCUACUUGGGUUGCUAGAUCAGAAGAAGCAGGCGAAUUGGGUCCGAUUGUCGAGGUAGAGAAUGGAUCAGAUGAACACACCCGAGUCUUAUCGGAAUCUCCCUCUACGCUAGAAAGCUCUCCUUCACAAGGUUCUGUAGACCCGUUGACUGGUCAACCUCGUUGGCGGCCUAGACCUUUGUUUCUUAAGCCUGCUAGAGUUAAAACGCCACCUGGCCCUGCAAAGCGAUCAAUCCAUGAAAGUCCAUCUGGUUCAUCUUCCGAUAACGAUCCCACCAAUGGAAGACAAUUUUCAAGACAGCAUCGACAGCUGUCAAAGAGUCCCUCAUUCUAUUCAGCCAAAGAAUCUACUAUCCAUGGAUCUGCUCCUUCUCCCCGACCUACUUCAUCCGAAUCUUCAGCUACUUCUAUCAGCCGUGAGACGGCAAUGACCCAAUCUGAAGUUCUAUGGCCAUUCCCUCCCUCCACUAGCUCUAGCUCACCUGCUGGUUCUUCCCAUUUAAAUGUCCGUAUUGCUCAGUCACCUCAAGAUACCACAACCCGUGUCUCGCCCGAAGGGAAGAUGUAUCUGUCUGUCAAUCAACAUGUACGGCCGCAUACAGCCAAUGUCACAUCGUCCAACCCACCCAGACCAUUUGGAACAACUCCACCAGUCACACUAAGACGUCUUCAAUCACUUUCCAGUGACCGAUUACCUUUGGUAAAUUUAAAAGAUCGAAAACCAAUCAAGUACAGUACCCGGAGUAAUUCCAGAGCUGGUCAUCAAUCCAACAGAAGCAAAUCAACACGCAUACAACAGAAAAAUAAACUUGACCUGUCUGUUUUACCAGAGAUUGUGGAUUCUGGAGCACCGGUUACCCGUGCUCGUUCAAACACGCUCUUCGAUGCGUCUUCCGUAGCUACUGGCCUUCUAUCUCGCUCUGGAUCUACAGAGCUACAUUUUGGGCUAUCAAAUGAGACUGAUGAAAAGGGUACUCGUGUCAAGUCUCGAAAGAACAUCUUACGACCUGAUAAUUCUUCUGGAUGGACAGUUUGCGAUCCAGAAUCUUUGUCAGAAGAAGUUUUGGAUCCUUUUGCACGCGUACCCGGGGUUCUUGUGCGACCUCAUACAGCUAACUCGAUCCGUCGUACUCAGACAACGAGUUCAACAUCUUCCCAACAUACUCACAGAGGAAAGCGACGCUCGCUUACUGGGGCUGACUCGAACAAUGCAUCACAAUCAGAUAGAUUGGAAAGGCUUUCAUUGAAGAAAAUCUCAGCCUCCGCAACUAAUUUACGAGAAUAUCCCUCAGACGGUUACAGACCCGAUUCUUCUUUGACUGACGAGGUUGGCCAAGGCUCCGAAAGUGGUUCCGAAGACUUAUCAAGACCUGCUUUCCCUACUCGACCAGUCCGACCCCUUCGAAUGGACGAGGAUCCUUCGGCGGCACAAGAUGGAUCAUUGGACAAGCCAAACAUCUCUCCUCGUGAACGUAGUCAAACCUUCGGUCGGCAUCCACGUAACAACCCAUCGCAUAAACCUCCGGUGAUGGUAUUACAACACGGAGAACAUGUUGAACUUCCCCUUCCGACCGGCGUGAGUAUGAGUAGAUCAGGAGUAGAUGGGUCAGACCGUAUGAAACAUCAUUUUAAUCUCCACAGAGGUGUUCCGGUCUCUCCGAUCUCUCCUCCAACCCCCGAACCUGGACGAGAUGAGGGACCGAUGAAGAACCCAGUCUCUAGACCUUCAUCUGGGGGACUUCAACCUGGAUUGCCUCAUAGCCCUCGAGAGAUCUCGUACAACCUCAAGGAUUCUAGCCCAUCUCAGUUGUCAUUGUGGCCCUCGUGGUCCGGUGGACCUAAAAGCCCACAAACGGAACCAAGUCCAAGUCCAACACUCUCCACCUCCACCUCUACAUACACCUUUCACUCAUCUUCUCGGGCUCGCCUCUACUCUCACGGGAACUCGACAGUGAUGGAAAGUGCUUAUGAAGUGGGAGAAGGGUGA